GCACCACUAUGUGUUUCGCUUGUUGAAGUAUGAAUGAUUGAAAUUUACGAAAAUUUUCUUCCAUAGUUUGUUCUGAAUUGCUUAACGGAUAAAUCAAGCAAAAGUUUACUUUUUUUGGACGUAGCAAUUGGCGUUGAGGACCAAAAAUGUGAAAAAAGGGUGCGAAAUAAGAAUAGAACCACUUGAGUUUUUCAACAAAAACAUGAUUAUUUUUAAAAAUUUACUGUUUAAAAGUGAAUAAUAAUGCUUCUACGAAUUAUUCGAAUAGAUAACUGCAUUUUAAGGAGUUUUCCAUAAUUCCAAAGGUUGUCAAAGGUUUUAAAAUAGAGUUUCAAGAGAUGCUCCUCUAGCGUUAAGGAAUUUGAUAUUUAAGCUAUAAUUCUUUACCAAAUUACUUACUUUCUUCAUUUAAAUGACGUGAAAUGAUGAAACAAACAAUCCCGAUUAAUUUGAAUCAGAAAAAAUAGAUUGGAAAUCAAAAUCUUAGAUUUUGUUCAGUAAACCACACUUUUUCCAGUUUCAAAUCGUAGAUGGCAGCAAGACAGAGUCCAGUUCAUCUCAAGUCGUUGCUGCCAAAGAUAGCUCAAAAUUUGACGUUUCGAUUUUUAUUGUAUUUUUUUCAAACUAACACUUAUUAUGGUUUUCUAAAAUUCCAACAUAAAUAAGAUUUGGUCUGCGUCCCAGUGUCGAGAGGAACAAGCUAAUCAGAACAGUUUUCGAAGGAUUUGAGAUUUGUUCGCCCUUUUUUCACUGGUAGAAAAUUGCGUUUAUGAAAACCAUCCAAUUCUUGAAGCCAAAAUCCUAGAUGAUUGAUAUGACUCGGCUCCACUGUUUUCUUCAAGUUGCCAACGAUUGAUAUUCGCCAAAAUGGAUGAAUUUGUACCGCUAUAUUCCCUCAACUAGAAGUGAUAGACAGAAUCAAACGACAAAUAUUUGAAUUCAGAUUUACAUAUUCCUUCAAAACCAGUUUUCAUAGCACAUGCUUCAAAAAUUUUGUUCCCCUGUGUAAUCGAUGAAUGUGUUUUCUUCUCACCAGUUUGAUUCACACUUUCUACGGUUCAAGAUGCGUCUCCUAGUAGGGAUUGUAUUUGCGUUAAGCGCUUUUUCGUUGGAAGGAAACGCUGAAAGCGAUAGCGCCCUGACGGUUUGCUAUUUCAGCAAUUGGGCAGUUUAUCGCCAAGGUUUGGGUAGAUAUUCUGUGGACGAUAUUCCGGAGGGCUUGUGUACUCACAUUUUGUACGCUUUCGUUGGGUUUUCUAAAACAUCCCCGUUAGAGAUCACUGGAAUGACGCCGGCUGAUGAUACCGAUAGCAAUGGUCUGCGUAAAUUUUCCGAACUUCGAUCUCGCAUUCCAGACGCAAAACUUCUGGUUAGCGUAGGCGGAUGGAACGAAAACUCAACAGUGUUCUCCACGAUGAUGGCCUCGAAACCUACUCGCGUGAAGUUCGCUAGAAGUGUGGUCAAAUUGUUGGAUUCGUUUCAGUUAGAUGGGUUCAAUUUUCAUUGGCUCUGGCCAGGGAACGUGGAGCGUGGAGGAACACCAGAUGACUUGGAAAAUUUCCCAAAACUGCUCAAAGAAAUGCGCACCGCCUUCCGGCAGAAUGGCCGAAACAGACACCUUUCUGUUAUUGCACCGGUUGAAGAGUUCAGGCUGAACGAAGGAUACGAUAUCGAUGAAGUUUGCAGUCGUGUGAAUCACGUGUUCCUUAGCACGUACGAUCUAAGAGGAUCUUGGAACAACUUUACCGAUGUCCAUACUCCAAUGACAAAACGGACCUUUGAACCAAGUACAUUUGAAACAUUCAAUGUGAACGCUGGUGUUGAUUUUUGGCUCAAUGGCGGGUGCCCGUCAGAAAAAAUAAUUCUGGGUGUCGCUACGUUGGGUAGAUCGUAUAAGCUUCAAAAUUCCUUUUAUAACGGACUAGGCGCUCCAGCCAUCGGUGCUGGAUCUCCAGGAGAAUUUACGGCAUCUGACGGUUACAUGGCGUAUUAUGAGAUUUGCAGACGUCUGUCGGAUGGAUGGAAAAUGGGUCGCGAUCCGGAGGGAAAAAUACCUUACGCUACGAAAAACGACCAGUGGGUUGGAUACGACGAUGUCGAAUCUCUUAAGGAUAAAGUCAAGCUAGUCAAAGGCAAAAAAUUAGGCGGAGUGAUGGUAUAUGCGCUUGAUAUGGACGAUUUCAAAGGUGUUUGUGGAAACAAAAGAUACCCGUUAACAUCAUUUAUUUCCGCUGAGAUGAAGAAGUCACAUGGAGGUUCCAGUUCUGAUAUUAUAGAAUUUUUUUAAAGCAUUAAACUAAUUGAUGCUAGACGCGUUUACAGUUGAGUCAAAUUUUCAAUAAAAGAUUAUUUUCAAUAGACACCACA